AUAGUAAAUAGGGGAGGAUAAAGUGAUGAGGAGUUUUUUUUUUUUUUUUGAGCAUUGGUGUAGUUAAAAAAACCUCUCAUGAGACGAAUUGGAUAUGAAGAGUGAAAAAGUGGGUAGAGAGAGAUUGAAGGGUUUGUUUUCUCACUGCUGCUGAUAGUGGUCCUAGACUCGUUACUGUUACUCUACCUUAAAUUCUGUACUAAAAAAAUGGGUCGCAAUCGUUAUCCAUCAUCAUGAGAUCAAUUCCAGUCUUCCACACAAAAAUGGUGAUCCUACUUAAUCCUUUCUUUCUUUCUCCAAAAAAAACCUUUCAUUUCUCGCGGAAUAUCAGAAAAGGAUUCUUUUGGGUUUUAAAAAAAUUUCCAUCAAAUUGUAGAUUUCUGUAAUUUCCCAUAAUCCCAAUUCUUCUGUAAUUGUGUUUGUGAAUUUUGGAGCAAAUGCAAAUGCGAUAUUGUGGAUGCCAUGGCAUUUUCAAAUUACCUACCAAUCUCUAUAAUUUACCUUCUACCAGGAAGGUGGUUGAUGUCAUCCAAGUUAUUAAAGACGAUUCUACCAAUUCUGAAGUAAAAAGGGCUCUUUUAGGAGCCAAAAAGAAGGAAAGAAUCAAGUUACCUUCUUACAAGAAUGCUUGUGUUGGCGAAAUGUAUCAUAUUAGUCAAUUUUUGAAGCAUCCAACUGGAGUUGAAGCGAUGUUGAAUGUAAAUGCUCUUGAAAGUUAUGUACUGAUCGAUACCAACACAUAUAGGUGCAAGCUUCCAUCAAUCCAACUUCUGAACUUUGAGGUGGCCCCUGUCCUGGACUUGCAAGUGACUCCAGCCAGUGAAUGUUGCAUUGUUGAGCUGUUGUCUUGUAAGUUUGAGGGCUCAGAAAUAGUGGAGAACCAGAACCAAUAUUUCUCAGCAACCAUGAAGAAUUUCAUAAGUUGGAACAUAACUGGUUCAGAAUCAUUUCUGGAGGUUGAUGUGAAGUUGAAUAUCACUCUUGAGAUUUACAAUCAGCCCUUUACACUGCUGCCUGUAUCUACUGUUGAACGCCCUGGAAAUUUAGUUUUGCAGGCACUCUUGGACAGGUUUGUUCCUCUUCUCUUGCAGCAAUUGUUACAAGACUAUGAUGCUUGGCUUACGCAACAACGUAGAAAUCUUCCGUAACUCCAGGUAAUCUUCCUUGUUGGCUCAGUUUAUUUGUCUACUGCAAUGCAAGUUUGUUAACACCGGCAUCUGUAGUUAGCAAUUCACAUGUGGAUCCUGGUGGAAAUUGAUCAAGUUGGAAAAUUCAAAGAUGGAUAAGAAUGUACUCGAGUUGCCAGUUUGAAUUACAGUGCUGAAACCUAUAAAUCAUAUAGGAGGUAAAUAAAUGUUGGAAAUCUCAGAAGCAGAAACUGCAUGAGUGAUUAUGUAUUUGGCUGCUGAAAUCUGAGCUUCUGAAACAGUGGAACCUGCAGAGAGAAUUGGAUUCACCAAACUUCACACUAACAUUACAUUGCUGUUAGAUGCCGAGAAAGAGUUACUGAACUGGAACGAAAUAACAAAAUAAACAAAAAUACAUGUGAACAACUAACAAAUAUCACGGAUACAUCCAAUUAUCCAAAGCUUUAUGUAACAGCAUGGCAAAGCUUUAUGUGAGAAAAACAUUCAAAUCCGAAAGGGUGUUGAGUAGUCAAUACUUGCAGCUCAUGUAAUUGAUGAUCAAUCAACCGAAGUUCAGUUGACAUGUAAGGUAUUUGAAGUUUUAAUUUAUAGUUUAUAUUGAUAUCCUACCUGAAAACACAAUCAUGCAAGCAGAGGAGCUGCUUAGAUGCUUGAACUAGGUAAAGCUCCUCUCAAGUUUUAUGGCAGCUUUUCUUUCAACCGUGACCAUAACAAUGAUGCAUAUCAAUGCAAAACUGCUCUAGAACAAUUGUGUUAUGUUGAAUGUACUCUAGAAAUUUGAAGUCAUCUUUGUUCCCCU